GGGGCGAAGGCUGGGCAAGGCUGGGAGUUGGCACCAAAGCCGGGCUUUGGGCGUCCGCAGCCCCCAAGUUCCGCGGCGCGCCCGGGUGCGCCUGGUCCCCACUCCGGCGGGCGUCCGUGUGAGUGUGGGAGCGUGUGGCUGCGCGCUCCCGAGCCGCUGCCGGGGAAUAAAAAUGUGACACGCUCGUCUCCGACUCCAGCUCCGCGCCGGCUGAGGGAGCGCCGAGCACCGAGGUGUCCGGGCUUUUUGAGGAUAGGCGUUUGGGAGAAGGUUCAUUUCUCGUGCCACCGCUUUAGGACACAAGCGUGCUGACCCAGGACCUGCCAUGAAACCAAACUUGAAACAAUGGAAGCAACUCAUGCUUUUCGGGAUAUUUGCUUGGGGGCUCCUCUUCUUGGUGAUUUUCAUCUACUUCACCGAUGGCAACCCUGCUGAACCUGUGCCGAGUUCCUUCUCCUUCCUGGAGACCCAAAGGCUCCUGCCCGUCCAGGGGAAGCAGAGGGCCAUCAUGGGAGCCGUGCACGAACCCUCCUUUUCGGAAAGUUUGGACUGGAACAAGGAGCUGCUGAAUGGCGACCUUUUGGACCCCUUUAACUCGGGGCCCGGCAACCUGCAGAAAUGGACCCCGGUGAAAGACAGGCUUGAUGAUGAAGAGGAAUUUGUUUCAUUCCAGAUCCAGAGAAGAUCUCAAAGUGCUUUCUACCGGGGAGACAAUGACUUUUUUGCUGCAGGACAGCCGGGGUCCCACAGCCACCCUCCGGAGAGGGUGCGAUUCAUUUCUCCCGGGGAGCACGACCUAAGGGAGGGGGUUUUGCCAGCAGGUCAGGUCCAGAGAAGGCGAAUGAAGAAAAGGCCCCUGAAACAGAAAAGCCUUGUGUUUGCGGAGGGUGAUGACUGGGACAGGCUGUCCUCCCCCAUGUCCAGGGCCUUCCUCUACCGGCUUUGGAAGGGAAACGUCUCCUCCAGAAUGCUGAACCCACGCCUCCAGAAGGCGAUGAGAGAUUACCUGAACACCAACAAGCACGGGGUGCACUUCCGGGGGAGGCGGGCGGUGGGGCGGUCCAGAGAGGAGCUGCUGUGUGAGCUGAGGACCAGGGUGCACCCCAGGACUCUGGACGGGAAGGAGGCGCCUUUCACCGCGCUGGGAUGGGAGAAGCUGGUCCCCGCGGUGCCGCUGAGCCAGCUGCACCCCCACGGCCUCAGGAGCUGUGCGGUCGUCAUGUCCGCAGGGGCCAUCCUGAACUCCUCCUUGGGGGAGGAAAUAGAUUCUCAUGAUGCUGUUUUGAGAUUUAACUCUGCUCCUACACAUGGUUAUGAGAAAGACGUUGGGAACAAAACCACCGUGCGCAUCAUUAAUUCUCAGAUUCUGACCAACCCUAACCAUCACUUCAUUGACAGUUCAUUGUAUAAAGAUGUCAUUUUGGUGGCCUGGGACCCUGCUCCUUAUUCGGCCAAUCUUAACCUGUGGUACAAGAAGCCAGAUUACAACCUGUUUACGCCAUAUGUUCAGCAUCGUCAGAGAAACCCAGAUCAGCCAUUUUACAUUCUUCAUCCUAAAUUUAUAUGGCAGCUUUGGGACAUUAUCCAGGAGAACACUAAAGAGAAGAUUCAGCCCAACCCACCUUCUUCUGGUUUCAUUGGAAUCGUCCUCAUGAUGUCCAUGUGCAGAGAAGUGCAUGUGUACGAAUAUAUCCCGUCAGUCCGGCAAACAGAACUUUGCCAUUACCACGAGCUGUACUAUGACGCAGCCUGCACUCUCGGGGCGUACCACCCGCUGCUCUACGAGAAGCUGCUGGUGCAGCGUAUGAACACGGGAGUCCAGGAGGAUCUGCAUCGCAAGGGGAAAGUGGUGCUGCCAGGGUUCCGGGCCAUCCGCUGUCCUGCACCCAAGCCCCUUCCACACUCUUGAAAAGGGACUUUGGGGAGACAAUGUGCAAUAAGGUACUACUGUUGUACUCGAAAUCACAGAAGAAUACUUGAAGAUACAUUUCAGACAAUGACGUCUUCAGUCUUUUACCUGUAAUUUAGCGGUGGCCACAAGAAUUCUUCUCUUCCUAAGCCAUUGAGUAUUAAUUACUGCUUUGAAUAUAGAAAUGGAAUAGAUGCAAAAAAAAAAAAAAAAAAGGGUAACCAGAAGGAAAA